CAAGAAAAUGUAAAAUCUAAGAUUUAAUUUGACAUUAGAGAGACAAAGGGUACAGAGCUGCGCAACAAGCAGCUUUAGCAAUUCACAACACAAUUGACACUGAGAGCUUAGCACAGGCGAAGAAGGAUGCAGACCCUUACGAGGCGAUUGGGGCAUCGAUGUCUGGACCUACCAUCUUCACCUUCAAUUUCAGCUCUCAAAUCUUUCUAUCCCAUUUCCGAUCAGUGCUAUGGAAUUGAAACUCCGCGUUACGCAUCUGCCCUCGCCACCAAAGGUGUUGGGCAUCUUGUUCGCAAGGGGACUGGGGGAAGGUCAUCUGUGAGUGGAAUUGUUGCAACAGUCUUUGGAGCUACAGGUUUUCUUGGGCGUUAUCUUGUGCAACAGCUUGCUAAAAUGGGUUCUCAAGUUUUGGUACCUUUCCGAGGUUCUGAGGAUUGUCACCGGCAUCUGAAGUUAAUGGGUGACUUGGGUCAGAUUGUUCCGAUGAAAUACAACCCCAGAGAUGAAGAUUCAAUCAAAGCAGUGAUGGCGAAAGCUAAUGUUGUCAUCAAUCUUAUUGGAAGGGAGUAUGAGACAAGGAAUUACAGCUUUGAGGAAGUCAACCACCAUAUGGCUGAACAGCUUGCUGCGAUUGCCAAAGAACAUGGGGGAAUCUUGAGAUUUAUACAGGUUUCAUGCUUGGGUGCAUCUCCAAAAUCCCCAUCCAAAAUGCUUAGAGCUAAAGCUGCAGCUGAGGAAGCCAUUUUACGUGAAAUUCCUGAGGCAACUAUAUUGAAGCCUGCAGUGAUGAUUGGUACUGAAGAUAGAAUUCUUAAUCCUUGGGCACACUUUGCAAAGAAGUUUAGCUUUCUCCCAUUAUUUGGAGAUGGAUCUACAAAAAUACAACCUGUAUAUGUUGCUGAUGUUGCAUCUGCAGUUGUUGCAUCACUGAAAGAUGAUGGUACCAGCAUGGGUAAAGUUUAUGAACUUGGUGGUCCUGACAUUUACACAGUACACAAAUUGGCAGAGCUUAUGUAUGACAUGAUUCGUGAAUGGCCUCACUAUGUUAAAGUUCCUUUCCCCAUUGCUAAGGCAAUUGCCACUCCUCGAGAAUUACUACUGAAGAAAGUUCCCUUUCCAUUGCCGACCCCUUCAAUAUUUAACCUGGAUAUGAUUGAAGCCUUGACCACUGAUACAGUUGUGUCAGAAGAUGCAUUAAAAUUUGAGGAUCUUGGACUUGUACCACAAAAGGUGAAGGGUUAUCCAGUGGAGUUUCUUAUUCAGUAUCGUAAAGGGGGACCUCAUUAUGGCUCGACAGUUAGUGAAAAAGUGUCUGCAGAUUCUUAUCCGUGAGUUCGAUUUGGAACAGUUUCUAUUGUUGGAACAGGUAAUUAUGUAACAUCAAGUGAUACACGGCUCGUAUGUGUUAUGCAAGAACUUUGUAAUUAUUUAGAUUUUUAUGCUGAGCCAAGCGAGUAAUAAAUUGAUCAAUGAAUCAGCAAACCUGAUUAACAAACAGUUCUGCUCACUCUCUACUCAGCCUGGGUGGGUGGUUAUUUACCAAGACUUUAGGACUUGUGGGCAAAGACCCAUGCCAUCUUCCCUCUUUAUAUCCUUUGCAUUCAUUUCCUUAUUGACAAAGGUGUAGCACUUCUCUUACAUGUUUAUAUACUACUGCCAAUUGUUCUUUGAGUUGAGCACCGAUAUGUUGUGUGUUGAUUGAGUGCUUACUAAAGUAAUAGCGGUGGCAAGAAUGUGUAAGACUCUCAACUGUUAGGAAUAACAGUAAAUGGACUACAUUUUAU